AUGCGGCGACUUUUGCUGCAAUUCACUAUCCAGUGUUGUGACCUCAAAAUGACUACAAGAUGUUCAGAAAACAAAGAGCGAUCUAAAGCAGCGCGACUCGAGCCUUUAGAACGCGUCUUAGAAAAAUCUCUAGUCAAGUUUGCAAUUAGACUGUUCAUUUCCGAUGGCCUUUGUUCCUCGCCGCUGUUCGAGUCAAAGCAUUUGGUCAUGACACGCCAUCAUCGACAAAGAACCACAGACCCAAUCGUUCCAGAAGUCGGCUCCUUCAACGGCCGUGCCUGGAGGCUCAUAACGGCCAUCCCCACGACCUCGUAUUCCGGCACGAGCAAGGGUGACCACUCCUCAUCGUGA